AUGAGGAAAUUCUUGGAGAAAUUCUCUUCUGCAGGCGGCUCAAAUACAGUCCAAGAUCAGAAGAAUGACACAAGUCAUGUGGCUGUGAUACCUGUCCUCAGGCCCGAAACAGGAGACCAACGCAUUCCGGAUAUCCCUCCAAAGGCGAGUCUAGAAGGUCUUCCUGUUGAAAUCCAAUCCGCUGUUCUACUGAACAUCCGCGACAUCGCUUCCCUGAAAGGUCUCAUCCAUGCGUCACCCAAAUAUCACAGCGCGUAUCUGAGUCAAAGACAUGCAAUCCUCAAGCGGGUCCUGUUCAAUUCUAUUCAUCCUGAUGCGCUCUACGAUGCCUUCUCCGCGAUUAAUUCGAGCAGGACUCUAACAAGUAACAUUGAAGACCGAGUUGGGAGGGUAAAAGCCUUCCUUUCGGAAUACAAGGAUAAUUGUGACACGUGGACGUCGCCAGAGCACCUCGACCUGGAAAGUGCAUAUAGACUGGCCCGGCUACAGAAUCAAGUACAACAUGCGACUGAGGACCUCUGCAAACUAGCUUUUUCGUCUCAUCAACUUACUGGCAACCAAGUGAGACACUGGGAACAGCUCUCAUCAAACGAAAGUCGUCGCUUUUACCGUGCUUUCUAUCGCUUCGAGAUCUUCUGCAAUCUCUUCCGGAAUUGGGAUACCCCGCCAGAUGACGAGAGUCUCCCCAAUGCUUCAUCUGAAGACGGAGAUAGUACAUCCGAGCUAGACUCGAUAGAGAAGUCAUCGCGCUUCCUCGGCUUGUUCAAUCCGUGGGAGGUCGAAGAGCUAGCGUGUGUACGAGACUAUUUCUGCAGCUAUUAUCGUCGUAUGCUACGUAAAUUUGAACCGGAGCUCCGUGACAGGAAUCCAAGUUUGGAUCUGUCAGAAGACUGCCCUUGGCUCGAAGAGAACAUAGAAUACCUUAUGGCGCUCAGCCUGCGUUUCUAUCGAAGGUUGGAAAUGUCCUCGCCAAGCAGGCAAAUGCGUUACUUGGAUUACGGUCUACGCAGUGGACCAUCUUUCCUCUCGGAUGCUUUAAAGGAGCCGCCACAGGCUGCUGUCCACCAAACGUUGUUCGUGGACGAUCCCGUAGAAGUUCAUUUCGAGGCUGACAGCGUUCGCGGCGGACCUAAUGUGAUAUGGCUUUUGGCGACUUGCAACAGGAUGGACUGCAGCUAUUUUCUCUGGCAGAAUGAACCCCUCAGGGAGUGGGGUUAUGUCUUUUGGGACCAGAAGAGACUCGAAAAGUGGGAUGUUCCCAACGAGGAACAUGGGACCUGGGUAGAGAGAAGGAGGGCAGGACUCCGCAAAGCACUAAGUGAAUAA